AUUGUACAGCCUCGAGUAAAGGCAAUAUCAAAUGUCAGCAUUGUGCCGCCGCGGUGCAACACAAUAUUUCCCAGGGACUUAAUGAAAAGUCCUUGAAGGAGAGGAGAUAUCCGUCAUUUGGACAAUAUUUGGAUGGCAGCAGGCAGACCAUCUCGGAGCUCACAGCGGCAUCAAUAGAUAAUUCCCAGACCAUGAACUAUGUGGGUCAGCUGGCGGGCCAGGUGUUCUUCCAGGUCAAGGAGCUGUACCGGGGGCUGAACCCGGCCACGCUGUCCGGGUGCAUCGACGUCAUCGUGGUGCAGCGGCCCGACGGCUCGCUGCACUGCUCGCCCUUCCAUGUCCGCUUCGGCAAGAUGGGGGUACUGCGGUCCCGGGAGAAAGUGGUGGACAUCGAGAUCAACGGGGAGGCGGUGGGUCUGCAGAUGAAGCUGGGAGACAACGGGGAGGCCUUCUUCGUCAAGGAGACGGAGAACAUGCUGGAAGUGGUUCCGUCCCACCUGGCCACGUCGCCCAUCACCUCGAUGGGGGAGCUGCUCAUGGAGGCCCAGCUGGGCAAGAGCGCACCUCGUCACCGAGAGGGCCCGGGCCCCCCCCUGGUGCCCCAGACGUUGGGCCCCUUGCUGGGAGACACCGCGGGGGCCAAGAAGAGGAGGAAGAGGAGGAGGAAGAUUAGGACAGAGGGAGUGGGGGGGAGGCGGGAGGAGAGUGAUGAAGAUGACGACAUGUUCACCAUCGACAUGAGCUCCGACGAGGGGGAGGGGGACGACAACAGGGGUGUGUAUGGAGACACGGAAAGCAAGUUGAGCAGCACUUAUACACACUCGGCUACGGACUGGCCCAAGCUUCAAAGGCCAGUACCAGAGGAGCCGAUGUGUGUCCCUCCAGACCGCCGUCUGUCCAUCUCCUGUCCUCAGCAGAUCGCCCGCUUCCCCUCCAACCUCAGCAGCGACUCCUGCUCCUCCACGCCCAAGAGUGACUCAGAGCUGGCCAAUCAGAGCAAAGACCCCCAGAUGCUCUGGACCUGGGGGGAGCUGCCCCACGCUGCUCAGCCUUCCUUUCUCUCGGACCACCCCAGGUCGGACCUCCAGACCGAGCCAGCGCUCGCCAGCGUCACCAGGUCUCCCCUCCAGGACUCUGGACCCACGUCCAUGAACCUCUACCUCUCCCAGCCCGGGGACCUUCAGCCAGGGGACCCCCACAGAGGGGACCCCCAGUCAGGAGAGGAGGGUCUGCCGGAGGCCUGCAGUGGGGCUGGAGGUGAUGCAGGAGUCUUCGUCCCCUCCUCCCCAGGGAGAGAGGCUCUGUGUGGGGGGAGGCGGGGGGGAUCGCCCCCCUGCUUUAUCUCCUCCAGUCCCCGCCUGGAACACCUGGAGCACCUGGAGCACCUGGAACCCCUGGAGCAUCAGGGGGGCAGCACAGGCAGUCCCGUCAGGAGAACCGACUCACCAUCCAAGAGGAAAGAGAAGCGAAGCCAGCACCUGGGUUCUGACGGGAUGUACCUGGAUGACAUCACGGAGCUGGAGCCAGAGGUCGCCGCCCUGUACUUCCCUAAAAGCGACAGCGUGUGUGGUUCCGCCCCCAGGAGCUCAGAGAUGAUGCGCCCGCGGAGCACCGACCAAUCACCUCAGUCCCUGGGCAGCAGUGAGAUGGACAGCGGCAUCGACAGCCUAUCAGAACACACCGGGGACCUGCCCCACGUCGCCAUCUCCCUGUGUGGAGGGCUCACUACCAACAGAGAGAUCACCAACGAUCAAUUCCUAGAGAAGGCCAUUUCUUACCAGCAGUUCUCCCUCAACCCCUCCCUCAUCGAUGACCCCAACCUGGUCGUCAAGCUAGGAACAAAGUACUACAACUGGAACACGGCCGCGCCUCUGAUGCUGGCCAUGCAGGUGUACCAGAAACCCCUCCCGCAGGCGUCGGUGGAGAACCUGAUGAAGGAGAGGAUGCCCAAGAAGGGGGGCCGCUGGUGGUUCUCCUGGAGGGGCCGCAACUCAGAGUCCAACCCGGAGUCAGAGCCUGGGGCGGGGGACGUGCCAGAAGGCAUGGACAGAAUGAAGGAGGAGUCUUCCUCCAGUGAUGAUGAUCACUCUCCAGCCAAUCCCAGCCUGGGAUCCGGUCAGCCCGAGCCCCUGGCCGCCUCCGGCAACGUGUGCUACAAGAAGACCCUGAGACUCACCUCGGAACAGCUGGCCAGCCUGCAGCUGAAGGAGGGGCCAAACGACGUGGUGUUCAGCGUCACCACCCAAUACCAGGGUACCUGCCGUUGCCAUGGCACAAUCUACCUGUGGCGGUGGAACGACAAGAUAGUCAUCUCUGACAUAGACGGAACCAUCACCAGGUCCGACACCCUGGGUCACAUUCUGCCCACCCUGGGGAAGGACUGGACUCACCAGGACAUCGCCCGGCUCUACCACAACGUCAGCCUGAACGGCUACAAGUUCAUGUACUGCUCGGCGCGGGCGAUCGGCAUGGCGGACAUGACGCGAGGCUACCUUCACUGGGUGAACGAGAGAGGCACCAUGCUGCCCGUCGGCCCCGUCAUGCUCAGCCCCAGCAGCCUCUUCUCCGCCCUGCACAGGGAGGUGAUUGAGAAGAAGCCGGAGAAGUUUAAGAUCGAGUGUCUGUCGGACAUCAAGCAUCUGUUCCACCCCAGCACGGAACCGUUCUACGCAGCCUUCGGCAACAGAGCUACGGAUGUGUACUCGUACAAAGAGGUGGGCGUACCUCUCAACAGGAUCUUCACCGUCAACCCCAAAGGAGAGCUGGUGCAAGAACACGCCAAGACCAACAUAUCCUCAUACGGGCGUCUGUGCGAGGUGGUGGACCACGUCUUCCCGCUCUUCAGCGAGGGUCAGGGGUCAGAGCCCCCCGACCCCGAGACCUUCAGCCCCUUCACCUACUGGAGGGAGGAGCAGCCCGAGCUGGCCGACGAGGGGGAAGACUCGCAAACCCUGGAGACCGGUCCAGGAGACCCCGAAUAGACCUUCCAACCGUCUACCACCAGGGGGUUCAAAGGCCAGCUACUGCUUAGAAACAAGAUGGCGGCCAGGUGAACCCGGCCUAUACAGCACAAAGAUGCACCACACCCGGUUAAAAAAGGAUGAUUGAUUAACGAGGCAGCUCCAUGGAACGAUGCUCAUGUAAGAGGUCCGGCACUAGCCGUGGGACAUUUACUGUAUGCACUGAUCAAUCCUAUGCACUCAGAGCCAAUACAUGCUACCGGAAGGCUAGUGAAAUUAGCUACCUUGUAGGGUAGUCACAGUAGCUACCUCUAGGCUACCUGCAGGCUAGUGACAGUAGCUAUGUGUAGCCUGAUGACUAGCUACCUGCAGGCUACUGACAGUAGCUAUGUGUAGCCUGAUGACUAGCUACCUGCAGGCUACUGACAGUAGCUAUGUGUAGCCUGAUGACUAGCUACCUGUAGGCUACUGACAGUAGCUAUGUGUAGCCUGAUGACUAGCUACCUGUAGGCUACUGACAGUAGCUAUGUGUAGCCUGAUGACUAGCUACCUGCAGGCUACUGACAGUAGCUAUGUGUAGCCUGAUGACUAGCUACCUGCAGGCUACUGACAGUAGCUAUGUGUAGCCUGAUGACUAGCUACCUGCAGGCUACUGACAGUAGCUAUGUGUAGCCUGAUGACUAGCUACCUGCAGGCUACUGACAGUAGCUAUGUGUAGCCUGAUGACUAGCUACCUGUAGGCUACUGACAGUAGCUAUGUGUAGCCUGAUGACUAGCUACCUGUAGGCUACUGACAGUAGCUAUGUGUAGCCUGAUGACUAGCUACCUGUAGGCUACUGACAGUAGCUAUGUGUAGCCUGAUGACUAGCUACCUGUAGGCUACUGACAGUAGCUAUGUGUAGCCUGAUGACUAGCUACCUGCAGGCUACUGACAGUAGCUAUGUGUAGCCUGAUGACUAGCUACCUGUAGGCUACUGACAGUAGCUAUGUGUAGCCUGAUGACUAGCUACCUGUAGGCUACUGACAGUAGCUAUGUGUAGCCUGAUGACUAGCUACCUGUAGGCUACUGACAGUAGCUAUGUGUAGCCUGAUGACUAGCUACCUGUAGGCUACUGACAGUAGCUAUGUGUAGCCUGAUGACUAGCUACCCGUAGGCUAAGGGCAGGGUUACAGCACCAAGGAAUUCAGGUGGGUGUUCAACAUGAUUCAUUCAAUCGUAAUAUUAUAAUGAUGAUCCUUAUUACAAAACUAAGGAGUUAAGGUCUGAAAUUGAUAGAAAUGCAUUCAACAAAAGGAACAUGUACAAAUAUACAAAAUGUAGGAUUUUAGAAGUUACUUAUAAAAGCAUCGGUAAACAACUACCAAUGUCUUAACAUACCUCUAUAUAUAUAUCUAUAUAUAUAUAUAUAGAUAUAUAUAUUGUGUAUAAAAAAACUGACAAUACUAACUGUAUCAACAUAAUAUUUCUACUUAAGGGAGAGGAAGAAUGUCAUUUUAUUCUCUGAACGUAGUCAAAUUAUAAAUGCAGUGUAGUCUGAAUACUGUACUAUAAUAUACUAUAAUAAACAGUUCAAUAUAAGGAAGAGAAAGAGUCAACAUACUCAAGAUUGACUGACCAUUCUACUGUGAAAUGUGUUCCGACACAUUCUCCACCAUUUCUGGGUCUUUAUUGAUGCCCAACAAUGCAAACCAAGUUGCAGUUUAUCACCAUUAUAGCUCAGAUCAACCACUAGGCAGUGCAGUAGGCUGUGUCAGUGACCCCUAUUGGGAGAGGCUGUAUAGUGUUGAGAUAUAACACAAUAAUUUGUUUAAGGUUCUAAUCAGCACUGACAUGCAAUCUUGUCUUGGUCGAUACUGUUUAAACUUUACAUCGGUGCGGCUGAUAUUGAUUUAUUGUUGUAGAUGUUUAUUUUUGUGUAUUUGUCUUCAAAUCACUAUUUAUUUAAUAAAUCAAGUAGUAGAGACUGUUAUUUCAUGAAAGAUUGUAACUUGUGAAUUUUACAAUUGUAAUUAAUUUGAGGAAGCGGGAAAACCACUAAUGAAAUGUGACUACGGUUGAUGUCUGAAGUUGUUUCCACCGUCUGUCAUUUAUAUGUAAAACCAGAAGGUGCUUAUCAAAUGCAAAGGCAGCCAUGCUCUGAAUACAUCAAUAACCUCAAUAUUAUUAGAUAUAUCCUCUCAAUAUGUUUCACCUUCGGGCAACUUCCAGUAUUCUCACCACGUGAGGACCAGCAAUCGCCACCCACACGUAUACUACACUGCCAAAGGGGUUUGUUGAGCACUUCUAAACGUUAUUUUUGCCUAGAGUCAGAAAUGUCUGACGAUGGUCUGUUGCCGUUGAGCAUAGCAUGCCGUUGACUUCUGUUGAGCGCAAUCUGUGUUGUUGCUAUUCUCGCCCACCAGAGGGCAUCGUCCAGACACAGCGCUUCCUCCGACUGUUUCGUCUCCUGUUAUUGUGAUAAUAUGAGAUUGAAAGAUCAAUCUUCAAGAUUAAUCUGAAAUGAUUCAUAAAAUAAGCAGAUUGAAUAUUAAGAACCAGAGGUCUUAUGCUAUGAUGUUUAACUGUGUUCUUCAUCAGGGUAUAUCUGAUCUCAUCAGAACUUAGCAAAUCAAGUGCACGUGAUUAAUCAAGGGACAUUUAAUGUGACUUUGUUCUUUCUGUGAAAGAUGGCUUGAAUACUUUUUAACAUGUGUUUUCUCUGUUUCAACAAAUGGAUAUGAAUUGCUGGAGGCCUUGUCGUGACUCGUGUGGUGUAUGUACAGCCUCAAGAAAUGCAAUUUAUUAAUGAUCAUGUAGGAAAAUAAUCCUUUCCAUUGAACAAAUCUACUAAAUUGAAUUGUUUAUUAACAAAUAAUAAUUGUACGAUUAAAAAUUGUUGUAUUUUGA